GCACAGUAUCUAGUUGGCCAAGGUUCCGGCGGGGCAAACUUGGAAUGGCAUCCCGAUACCUUACAAAUCCUUUCCUUGAACCGUGAUGUUUCAGAUUUCAGCUGAAGGGAUAUGCCGGACGGAGUUCAACGGGAUUUACUUCCACGUAAGUCCGCGUGCCUAAGGUCGGCGGUCUUAGGGUAGCCUCUGACAUCACCGAAACGCUAUCGCUGGCUGCUAGAGUCUGAAGGGUUACAGCAGGCUUCCCCGAGAGUUUAAGAGGUGUGUCCGCUGCCGGCCUCCGUAGCAGCUGUACCAAGGGCUGGCUGCGUGUGGUUAUGGCUGCUGCCAUUGCCGCCGCUCGAGGAGGCGAGCUGGAGCCGGAGUCGGACGGAGGUGAAGAGGAGAAGGGAGGAGAGGAAGAAAACAUUCUGUAUGACUUGCUGAUCAACACCGAGUGGCCGCCGGAGACCGAGGUGCAGCCAAGAGGCCACCGGAAACAUGGUGCGUCAUUUAUCAUCACUAGAGCAAUUGCAGGCCCUGCCUUAUUUUUUCUUCAGUAUUUAUGGUACAGUCCUGCAAAGUUUUCCCUCCCCACUGGAUUUGUCCGCCUGGUCAGUAAGCAGAUCAACUGGCAUUUAGUGCUUGCUAGCAAUGGAAAAUUGUUAGCAGUUGUUCAGGACCAGUGUAUAGAAAUAAGGUCUGCCAAGGAUGAAUUUGGAUCUAUCGUUGGGAAAUGUCAAGUCCCUAAGGACCCCAACCCACAAUGGAGACGUGUGGCAUGGAGUCAUGACUGCACUUUGCUUGCCUAUGGGGAAAGCACAGGAACCGUGAGAGUAUUCGACUUGGUCGGCAGUGAACUCUUGGUCAUUGCACCGGGCACUAGCUUUCCAGGAGACUUGACCUAUGCUAUUGCAGGAUUGAUCUUUCUAGAAUACAAAGCAAGCACCCAGUGGUCAGCUGAACUGCUAGUCAUCAAUUACCGAGGUGAACUAAAAAGCUAUCUUGUGAGUGUUGGAACUAAUCAGAACUUUCAAGAGAGCCACAGCUUCAACUUCAGCAGCCAUGAUAUCCAUGGAAUAACUGCAGUAGUGUAUCAUCCUGCACACCGACUCUUGAUUAUAGGUGGCUAUGAAACAGAGGAUGAUGGAACGGGAGUGUCUAAAGCAAGUAGUUGUGGCUUAUCGGCAUGGAGAGUUCUUUCAGGAUCACCUUAUUACAAGCAGCUUACCAGUUAUGAAGGUGAUAUUGGGACUGCCAAGAGAAGAUCACUGUUCAAGAUGGUAAAUUUCAAAUUUUACAGCAGACAAGGAAGGGAACAGGAUGGUGUCUUCAAAAUGAGCCUUUCUUUGGAUGGCACUCGUCUAGCAGCUAUUCACUUCUCAGGAAAAUUGACUAUCUGGGGAAUUCCCUCUCUUAAACAACAAGGAGAAUGGGAACAAAAUGACCAGCCAGGUUAUGAUGAAAUCAAGCCAGAAUGGAGACUCUCACUUGAAAAACGGAAGAGAAUUAAAGACAAGGAAUCUCUUUACCCAUUGAUAGAUGUAAACUGGUGGGCAGAACAUGCUGUUAUUUUGGCUCGAUGUUCGGGUGCUCUGACUGUGUCAUCAGUAAAGACGCUGAAAAACCUGCUAGGGAAAUCCUGUGAAUGGUUUGAAAGUUCUCCUCAGGUCACUUCUGCUCAUGAUGGAGGAUUUUUAAGUUUGGAGUGUGAGGUGAAGUUGGCUCCAAAGAGGUUACGCUUGGAGAGCCGACCUGGUGAUGAGGACGAAGGAGAAGAUGACUCUGAUUCGGAUGAUGAAACUUCUGCCAAGGCCCGGUAUUUUGGUUAUCUCAAACAAGGCCUGUAUUUUGUGACUGAAAUGGAGCGGUUUGCUCCUCCACGAAAGCGUCCACGCACUAUUGUAAAGAAUUAUCGCCUUGUGAACUUGAGAUCUACAACCCCAGAGGAGCUCUAUCAAAGAAAGAUUGAUAAUGAAGAAUACGGAGAAGCUUUGUCGCUAGCUCAAACGUAUGACCUUGAUUCUGACCUUGUUUAUCAGAGACAAUGGAGGAAAUCAGCUGUUAGCAUUGCUUCAAUUCAGGAUUAUCUGAGUAAAAUUAAUAAGCGUUCCUGGGUUCUUCACGAGUGCCUGGAAAGAGUUCCUGAGAAUGUGGAUGCUGCUAAAGAGUUGCUGCAAUAUGGUUUAAAAGGAACGGACCUAGAGGCUCUCAUAGCCAUAGGAAAAGGAGAAGAUGGUGGCAGAUUUAUCUUGCCAGGUGAUGUGGACAUUGAUGAACUACUUUAUGAAGAGUUUUUAACUCCUGAGGAAGAAGCAGAGAGCAGGAAGGAACGGGAAGCCAUGAAGCAUCACGAACUCCUUCGAUCAGUAAACUCCUCCAAGUUAACUUUGGAGCAAAAAGAACUUUGCCGUAGCAGGUUGAAACUACUUAACUAUCUGGAUCGGCUAGCAACAUAUGAGGAAAUCCUCGGAGGGCCUCAUGCUGCUGAGCGGAGAUACGAUGCAGAGUUCUUCAAGAAGUUCAGACAACAGAAUAUCGUUCUUUCUGCCAGAACAUAUGCUCGGGAAAGCAAUGUAAGAGCCCUGGAGAUUUUGUUCACAUACCAUGGAUCAGACUUGCUUCCACAUCGGUUGGCAAUUCUCUCUAACUUUCCAGAGACCACAUCUCCCCAUGAGUAUUCCUUUUUACUGCCUGAAGCUUGCUCCAGAGAAGGUGCACUGAAGAUUCUUCCCUGGAAUAAACAGGAACACAGGGAAGAAGACUGGUGUGAAAAGCCCCCUUGCAAGCUGACAGUUGAACCAGCACUUCAAGAUGAAGGCGAAUUUUUAUAUGAUUCUCACCCAGAAUUGAUGAAGUACAGAACUACUGAACUUACAAUAAGCCUAGUCACUGAUUGGUAUUGGACUAGAGCAGAGGAGAUAGAAAACUAUUCUAUGCAGGUGGAUUGUGCUCUCUCUCUGGUUCGCCUUGGCAUGGAGAGGAACAUUCCUGGUCUGCACUCUCUGUGUGACGAUUUGGUUACACUGGAGACACUGGUUUAUGAGACUGGAGCUGACAUAACUUUGAACUUGAAAGAUCUGCAGCAGAUGAAAGACAUUGAGAAGCUUAGACUAUUAAUGCUGCAUUCUUCAUAUGAAAUGUAUGUGAAAAACACUUACCAGUGGAUGGUUCCAUUUUUACAUCGAUGUGAAAAUAAGACUCCAGGUCUUGCGAAUGAGCUUUUAAAAGAAUAUUUGGUAACUCUGGCAAAAGAAGACCUAAAACUUCCUCUGAAAAUCAUUGAACAGUCUAAACCAGCUUGUCAGCAAAAAAUAAUUUCUGAUCAAGACCUUCUGAUGGUUAUUGCAUUAGAAUGUAUCUACAGCUGUAAACGUGAUGACCAGCUGUCUUUAUGUUAUGAUAUCUUAGAAUGUCUCCCCCAGAGAGGUUAUGGUCCUGAAACAGACAUUACUAAUAAUCUUCAUGACAAAGUUGAUGAAUUGGAACAAAUUCUUAGUGUUUCAGAGCUUUUGGAGAAGCAUGGACUCCAGAAACCCAUAUCCUUUGUGAAACACACACAAAACAGCCCAGAAGAAGCACGAAAGCUGAUGAUCAGACUGACUAGGCACACAGGCCGCAAGCAGCCUCCUGUUAAUGAAGCACACUGGAUGGGAUUGCUGCAUGAUAUGCUAGAUAUGCAGCAGAAUAUCUACUCAUGCUUAGACCUAGACACUUGCUAUGAGAUUUUUACGGAAAGCCUUCUGUGUUCUAGCCGACUGGAGAAUAUCCAUUUAGCUGGGCAAAUGAUGCAUUGCAGUAUUUGGUCAAUAGAUCCCCCAGUUAGUGUUGCUUCUAAAGGAAAACCACAAUACAGAGUCUGCUACGAAAAAAGUAUUGAAUUGGUUUUGGCUGCCAGCAGAGAGUACUUCAAUUCUUCAACUAGUCUGACUGAUCCCUGCAUGGAUUUGGCCAGGUCCUGCUUACAGCUUAUUACAGACUGUCCACCCGUUGUUCAAGAGGAGUUGGAUCUCAUUCGUGGUCUUAGCUACCUUGAAGAAUUUGGUGUGAAAAUCUUGCCAUUACAAGUGCGUCUGUGCUCUGAUCGACUCAGCCUUAUAAAGGAAUGUCUCUCCCAGCUGCCAGCAAACUACAAGCAAUCUGCCAAGCUCCUGGGACUGGCAAAUUUGCUGAGAGUUGCAGGUGAUGACCAGAUGGAGAGGAAAGGACAAGUUUUGAUCCUUUUAGUGGAACAGGCUCUGAAAUUUCAGGAUUACAAAGCAGCAAAUAUGCAUUGCCAGGAACUUAUGGCUUCAGGCUACUCUAAAAGCUGGGAAAUUUGCAGCCAAUUAGGACAAUCUGAAGGUUACCAGGACAUGACUGUUCGGCAGGAGCUCAUAGCCUAUUCUUUGACGCAUUGCCCUCCAAGUGCUAUAGAAUCACUUUUGGCUGCAAGCAGUAUUCUGCAAACUGAGAUUCUUUAUCAUGCAGUCAGCUACCAGAUACGCCCUUCAGAAAAAGGAGAGGACAUAAAUAUCUCCAAACCUACCAGUGUAAUCAAAACAGAGUCUCCUUCAGAGGUUAACACCAGCAUUUCCCCUAGUCAGUCUGCUGACCUACUACAGUGGACCACAGCUAAAACCAUGAAGGUGCUUUCUAAUACAACUCUGACCACAAAAGCUAUGCUGCAUGCCAUCAGUGAUCGACAGUGGUGGAAGAAGUCACUGACUUACCUUCGGCCAUUACAUGGUCAAGAGUUUGGAGAUGUAUUAAAAAACACUUCUGGAGCAAAUAGAGCAAUAGAAAAGCAAGGCUGUCAUCCAUUUUAUGAAACUCUGAUAGAUGAUCCCUACCUAGCAGAUAAUGAAGUGACUUAUACGACAUACCAGCACAAGCCUUUGGAAAGCUUUGCAGAAGUAUUGCUGAGAACAGGAAAACUUGCAGAGACUAAAAGUGAAGGGCACAAUCUGUUUCCUGCCACAGAAGUGCUGUUGCAGCUGGCCAGUGAAUCAUUACCAAAUGACACAACUUUGUCUCUUGCCUACCUGCUUGCACUACCACAGGUGGUAGAUGCCAACAAGUGUUUUGAAAAGCAAUCUCCCUCUGCUUUAUCUCUCCAGCUGGCAAGUUAUUACUAUAGCCUCCAGAUCUAUGCUCAUUUGGCACCGUGUUUCAAGGACGAAUGCCAUCCCCUCUACAGGGCAGAUCCAAAAGAAUUAAUUCAGAUGGUCACAAAGCACGUUACCCAGUUCAGUUAUGCAGACUGGCCUGACGAAAUAGCAACUCUGAUUAAGCAUCUGCAGUACUACAAUGAACGGCUCUUAGACUUCAGGCAGGCUCAGAUUCUUCAAGGCCUUGGCAAAGGGGUGGAUGUGCAGAGGUUUACAGCAGAUGCUCAGUACAAGAGAGAAACUAUAUUGGGUCUGGCAGAAACACUUGAAGAAAAUGUGUACAGGAUUGCUCUCUCCUUGGCUCAGCGCUACAGUAUCCCACUCUGGGAAGUUUACAUGACACAUCUAGAAUUUCUGUUCAGUGACAGUGGUUUAUCCACAACUAUAAUAGAAGACAGAGCUCAAAGCCUUGGACUCUUUGACACUUUGAAAACCAUCCCUGAAGCUUUUCAUGAGCAUAUGGCCAAAUAUGUGUACCCUACUAUUGAAGGUAGAGAUCACCAGCGUUUGCUGUAUUAUUUCACGCUCCUGGAGAACUAUGGCUGUCCCGAAUUUUUGAGCAGUGCUAUCAAACCAGAAACUCACAUACGUUUGCUGAAGAAAUUCAAAGCUGUUGCACCAGAACUUAAUUACAAAAAGCUAACAGAAGAAAAUGUGUGCCCUCUGGAAGCUUUGGGCCCUGUCCUCACAAGUCAGAAUAUUCUAUCUAUUUCCAAGCUUGCACCAAAAAUCCCAGAAAAGGAUGGAAAGAUGCUUUCCCCAAGUUCUGUCUAUGCCAUCUGGCUAAAAAAACUCUUCUGGAAUGGUGAUCCCUAUCUCAUUAAAAGAGCUCCAGAAACCAUACCUGAAUGGUUACAUGCCUAUGAUAUCUGUGCCAAGUACUUUGAUAGACUCAACCCAGAAGAUAUUAUCAAUUUCAUAGAUGAAGUUACUUUUUCCUCAAAAGCUGUAACCAAGCUGUCAGUUGAUUCUCGGAUAGAGAUGACGAAGAAGGCUAUUAAGUCAGUGAAACACAUUGCUGAAAAAGCUGGAAAAAGAACUUCUAGUGGGGACGGCACAGGAGGCGUGGUUAGCAGGCAUGCUACUUACGAAGAUGCUCUGAAUCAUCUGCAGCAGUCUCUUGCUCAUUUGGAAACACUUAGUCAUAGCUUUAUUUCCUACUUGAAAAAUAGUGACCAGAACAUACUACAGGAAUAUGGAUAUCUGUAUGACCUAUCCCGGUCAGAAAAGGAAAAAAUCAAUGAGCAAGCUGUAACUAUGUGUAUGGAUGGUCAGCCUUUGGAUAUGAUACAGAAAUUAUUAGAAGUUGCUGUUGGGGAUCUAGGACUCUCAACCAGAGAUAUAGUACAGACAUCUGUAAACAAAGUUGUAGAUAAUUUAAGUGGAAGUAGUGAUGAAUGGUCUCUCAAAAAAAACUCCUUCCAGAUAUUAGAGGGUAUUGUCUCUGCUGUCCACACAAGUUCUGAGAAUGGGGAGAAUCUGAUUUCUUCAGAUGAUCUAUUGGAUUGGCUUAGACCUUUCUGUGGCAAUGAUUCUUUGCCAGUGAAGCCUCGUAUUAAAGUGCUGCAGAUCUUGGAGCAAGCCUUUCACCUCAGUGAUGAGGACAGCAAACUCCUUGUGCUCUUCAGAACGCAGGCUGUUCUCAGAGCCUGUUGGCCUAAGAUUCAGGUAGAAAUAACUGAUAUUGAAAAUGAAGAAAAUAGGUACUCUCUCUUCCUGGAACUUUUAGACUCUAGUGAAACUCAUGCAGAAUUUCAACAUUUAGUCAUGCUUCUGCAAGCUUGGCCACCUGUGAAGAGCAUGAAUGUAGUGAAUUCAAGUAGUAAUCCUUGGGUUAAAUUGGGAACUAUGAUGCUUAUGAAAUGCCCACAGGAGCAUAAGGAGAACACAGGGAGUGAGAUUCUGAAAAUCUGCCGCUCUUUAUACGAGACAAAACACAUGCUCUCUACAGAGUGUAUAAAAGAGCUGUGUUUGCUGCUACUUAACCAGUCCCUUCUGCUGCCAUCUCUGAAACUGCUUGUGGAAAGCAAAGAUCAGGAUCUUCAUGCUGUGGCUCUAGAGCAGAUAACAGCUGUUGCUAAGGUGGAUGAUGUCAGCUGUGAUUCUGAACUUCUUUCCUUGCUUCUGGACGAGAAAUUACUUGUGAAGUGCAUCUCCACACUCUUCUAUCCUCACCUGGUGAACCAUUUGCUGGCCAAUCAAGAGGAGGGACGCUGGGAUGUAGAAGCAAUAACCAAACAACUGCAAGAAGCUGGCUUCGCUGCAGAGGCCGGCUCCCUUUUGAUGCUCUCUAAAGGGACGCAUCCUGCACUCCGAACCUUUAGCGCAGCUCUCAGCACUGUUAGGCACUGGAUUUAAAUAGCAAAGCAUUCCAAAUUAUAUUUGGUGCCUGAACUAUGUACUCUUGAAGCUGUUCUGGCUUCAGAUGGACAUAUGACGAAGAGACAUUAUAUGAAAGAGAGGAUCUACUUAGAGCAAAUCAUUGCUUGCUUUGCAUUGCAUAAAAUGCUGAUGAUGACUCACAUACAGCGCAAGGACACAAAAGAUCAUGGCGCCCAUGUUGCUUCCUUCCAGUGUUCCCCUGUAACAAGGAUUCCCAGAUGUGGUCAUUGCAGCUGGGAUUGCUGGGAGUUGUAGUCAACAACAUCUGGGAAUCCCUGUUACAGGGAACACUGCUUCCUUCCAUCUGAAAAACAUGUUGACACUGCUGGAGAGCCAUAAUGGGAGAGGCCACUAAGCACUGGUGCUAUUCUUAGGCGCCGUGGAGGUGCUUCAGCAGCGUCAACAUGAUUUUCAGGCAGGCAGAAACAGCACUGGUGUCCCACUCUUGGGUCAGCAGGUCCUUGCACUUUAUGUGAACCAAUGUGUAUCCUAAAAUACUUACUUGCAGUGUUUCUUGUCCUGUUAAUAGCUCUUGUUUAUGGGCAGGAAAUAGUUCACUUCAGAAGGUUUACUGUAACCUGUGAAUUAUAUUCCUGCAAAGAAACAUUUUCAGUUUUUGCUGUAAUUAACAGAGGUAAUAGUACAGGCUGUCACCUCAGUGUAACAGUAGAAAUAAAAUUAAAAGUGGAGGCAUAUCUGUCUAAUAACUUCAAAGGGAAAUGUCUGAGAAGCACAUUUAAGGAAUCUUAGAAGUUACUUUACAAAUGUAAUUGCGAUACUUUGCAUUAAUGAAUUAAAGCCUUUCUUUUUCAGCUAA